AUGAGGUUCGAUCUGCUCAUCGCCGGUGCUGGCCUGCUCGGUUCUGUGUCUGCGGCCCAGAAGCCGACCAAGUUCGUCACCCAGAAGGACUUGAUCAAGGAGGUCAAGCUCAAGAACCUGAUCAAGGGUUCUGAGAAACUUCAGAGGAUCGCCGACAAGUACGGCGGAAACCGAGCAUUCGGUGGAGGAGGUCACAAUGCCACAACUGAGUGGCUCUACGACAGCUUGAAGAAGUACGGCGACGACUACUGGGAUGUCUACAAGCAGCCGUUUGUUGAACUGUUCACUGCCGCCACUGUCAAGCUCACCGUUGCUGGCGCUGAGGUCAAGGCUGAUUACCUCACCUACGGUCCCUCUGCCAACAACGUCAAGGGAAACCUUGUCAAGGUCAGCAACGUUGGAUGUGACGCCGCCGAUUACCCCACUGGUGUCUCUGGCAAUGUUGCUCUCAUUUCUCGUGGCACUUGCACGUUUGCCAUCAAGGCCGCGGCUGCGAAGACCGCCGGCGCUGCUGGAGCCAUCAUCUACAACAACACCCCUCUCCAGCCUCUGUCUGGAACCCUUGGAGGAGAUGGCGAUUAUGCGCCAGUCGUCGGCGUUACUCAAGAGAUCGGCAACGACCUCCUCGCUAAAGUUGGUAACGGCACUACUGAGGCCGUGAUCUUCAUUGAGGCCAUCCGCGAGAACCGCACCAAUUACAAUGUCAUUGCCGAGACCAAGGGAGGAGAUAAGAACAAUGUUCUUAUGAUCGGUGGUCACACUGACUCGGUCUUCGCGGGGCCCGGAAUCAACGACGAUGGCUCUGGCACCAUCGGCGUCCUCGUUGUCGCCGAGGCCCUUGCCAAAUACAAGAUCAAGAACGCUGUACGGUUAGGAUUUUGGGGAGCAGAGGAGUUUGGCAAGCUAGGCUCGUUUCAUUACCUUAAGACGCUGAAUGGUAGCAUCAGUGGUGGUGCGGAGGAGGUUGCCAAGAUCCGGGCAUAUCUCAACUUCGACAUGAUAGCAUCCCCCAACUACGUCUACGGCAUCUACGACGGCGACGGCAGCGCGUUCAACUUCUCCGGACCGGCAGGCUCUGACACCAUCGAGAAGGAUUUCGAAAAGUUCUACGAGGCAAACGGCGAAGCUCACGUCCCCUCGCUCUUCACCCUGCGCUCGGAUUACGCCGCCUUCCUCGAAAACGGCAUCCCCUCCGGCGGUCUGUUCACAGGCGCCGAGGUCCUCAAGACCGAGGAAGAAGCCCGUCUCUUUGGCGGCGAAGCCGGCGUGGCUCUCGACGCCUGCUACCACCAGAAGUGCGACGACAUCAACAACCUGAACCACGACGCGUACCUGCUGAACACGCAGAGCAUCGCCAACUCGGUCGCAAAGUACGCGCUCAGCUGGGACGGUAUCCCGAGGCCGAACGCUACCCUGAGGAGGAGGGAUGCAGGUGCUGCUCGCUUUGCCGCGCGCUUCGACAAGGGUGGGCACGACCACCACGGCCAACCUUGUGGCUCUGGUCACGAUGAGCUGUAG